UUAUGCAAAUAUAUAUAUAAAUAUAAACAUAAUUUCUACUGUAAUUAAAAACGCUGCUGACAACAAAAACGAACGACAAACUCAUAUAAAACACAACAAACAUCUAAGGAGAAAAAGGAGCGAAAGAGCUGGGAGAAUUCUCCGCGGGGAGGUCACUGUCUUUCCCUCUCGUUCUCCUACGCUUUCUCCACUUUCUCCCUUAUCCAGUCGGCCUCCCAAUCAUUCACGGAUUCCUCGGUGUUUAUUGUUUUCCUUUUUUUUUUUUUAACUUCUCAUAAAAAAACAAAAACGAAUCAUCAUCAGCCACAGAUGGAGAAUGAAUGAAAUCUUUUAAUAGGGUAAAACUCACACAAACUAAGAAAUAAAAAAAUAAAAACGAAAACAAAUACAGAACCCAUUGAGGCGCGACAGAAGCAGUGAAAACAAUUUAGGGGAAGGUCAAGAAAAGAAAAAAAAAAGAAGCAGGAGAAGACGAGCGGGCGAUCGAUCGAUCCACGAAGAAAAUCUCUAUAACGAUACGAUUUGUAGACUACGCAAGUAUUUUUAUGUAUUAAAGGUUAUGUUGUAAGUUUUUAUCACAAUAUUUGUAUUGUAGCUCAGUGUUUUAUAUGAUUAUAUAAAAUGGAUAAAGAAAAACAAAAAUGAAAAUGAAAACGAAAACGAUAAACCGAAAAGAAACCGAAACCAUAAAAGCGUAAAAAGCAGAAAAGCAAAACCCGGACAGAAAGAAAAAUUAUUGUAUUACAUACAUCUUAUAUAUAAUAAAUAUGCUUCUUAAUAAAAAAAAAACAAAACAAAACAAAACAAAGCCCUGAAUGCGCCCAACUGAUUUACGACGGAGGCUUACACGACGGACACGCACUGUCCCGAUAAAGAAGUCGCAUCGGUCGACUUUAAGCCGGGGUGGCUUUACUUGCCCGGGAAACAGAAGAAAAAUUUAAUUAUGACACCCGAGUUAUCUUUCGACGUACACCCCUGAUAACUCUAAUUCAAGUUUGCUUAUUCAUAUCUAAACAGUCAUAGUAGCCCUCGGUUAUAUUUAUUUAUUUCGCCCGAUAGCAACGCCCAUCUGAGAAGCCCCAGCCCCAUCCCCCCGAAAUUAUUUUGUGCGGUCACUGUUUUCGUGGUCAACAAUCAGGCUAGAUGAAUCAGUUUGGGGCACUUUUAAUUGAUAUGAUUUUUUCCAAUUAUAAUUGAUCUCAGUUAAGAAGUUAACCAAAGCUGGCAAUUCAAUUAGGCGAACUGAAGAAAGCACAAAAAGCAAACAGUACUGAACUUUCCUUCUCAGCUCAAGGUCACAAAGGAGACCCGAAUAGUAAAUAUUUAUACAGGCCCUAUAUAUACAUAUAUAUUUGCACCCAGAUAUGCCAAUCAAAUUGACAUUCAAUUCAAUCUGACCCAAUAUUACGGUGACGCGGGCGAUAAUCGAUAUUUGACCUAGGGCAAUAAAAUUUCCACCUCCCCCAUUUUACUAGAGUUGGAAGUUGUCUAAUCAACAUUUAAUUUGAUGUUCGAUUCGAACGCUUCGAAGCCAUCAAACAGCAAACAAAUGGCAGGGGGAUUUUGGGGGCUCUAACUCGUCGUCGACUAAUCAAGGCAAACACAUCGAAGAAUACCAGAAGCACACCCUCCCCAUUUGCCCCUCUGUUUCUGUCAGCGACAUUUCUGGCAAUUUAUUGAAGACGAAUUCCAAUCAGAGCAAAUCAUGCGAAUAUGGCAAACGGAAUUUAUUACGCCAAGCGUGCAGGGCACGUAAAAAAUAAAAGGUAAGUGUGAUAUCGUUUGGAUCCAUCUCUCCAACCCGCAGUUACAGUUGGGGUCAAAGUGGUAGCAUUUGUUAUUUUAUUCGUUUCGGAAAUAUGACGUUAAGCGAUGCUUUUAAUUCAGAGAUUUUCAUGUUCAUAUUACUUUCUACAUCAAUUUCUUUAACUUUUUAUUAAGAACUCCACAUGUUUUAUUAUAUCUGGAAUAUAGGUAAAUAUCGAAACUUGAAAUAUGGGAUUUUAAAUAUUAUAGGCAUUUAAUAAGAAACACAUUUUAUUGUUAGAAAACUCAAAAAAAUAUUACUCGAUCUAGAUAUGCCAAAGAAACAAUAGUUUUCAAAAUUAUCCUUCGCUAAUUUGGCUAUAAUUUAAGCUUAAUUAGUAUGUGGCCCCUAACUACAUAUAUAUAUAUUUUUUAACCAGCCACUAAUAUUUUGUUCUCAUCUGUAUACACCUAUCGCUCUGACAACACAGUCAUCCAGGGAAAGCGUAUAACGGUAACGUUCCAUUUGUCCUUUGUGGCGAAAUUUUUUUUCCAGCUGCCAGAUGGAAAGGGCCCCUCUGCUGGAGGGAGAGGGCGACAGUAUUGGCGUGCACAUUGCAUGCGGCGACAGGUGGGUGGAAGGGAGAGGGCUGGAGGGGGCUGUGCAAAGAGAUAGAUAAGUAAUUCCAUGGAGCAUGCAGCGCGGUUGGAUGUCGAUUCAGAAUUUGGAGGCUCCCAGCAUUGAAUUGGUGUUAAGCACGAACCGAACGAAAUGGAAAUGGAAAUGAGAGAACGAGACUGAGAAUGAAAAUCAGCAGUUGUCAUUGUCAUUGGAAUUGGUUGUGCAAAUGGGGGGGGGUGAGGAGUGGGCGGUCCCAAAGGCAAAAAGGGAGAUGAAAGACACGCCAUCGAAAGGAGAGUCCACCUGGGUUCAUCCAGUUGCCGUUGUUCACUGCAACUGCUCGGUUCGGAUUCGCUCCUGCUCUUUUAACAGUUAUUCCGAGGGAGUAUAUCCGGGAUUUCCCCGCUUAUCCAAAAGGGCCUUCGUGUGGUUUACAUCAUUCGCCAUGUCCAAUCAACUAUUUUUCCUGAGCUUGGCGGACAUCUUCUCGGUGUAUCCGGCCAUUUUCAAGGAGCAAAGCAAGAAGCUGAAGAAGACCAAGCAGAUUUACUUGCCCAGCGAUGAAGAGUGGCAGGACAAGAUGUACUACAUGCUAUUGGAGAUCCAGCGCCACGUGAACGAAUCGUCCGAUGAAACCCUAUCCCUACACGACAUCAAUAAGAAGGAAAAACCUUUGUUUGAUCCGCUGCGCAUCACCAAGAUCCUGUCGCCCGGGGUUAGUCCCAAUGGACGACGUAGCAGGAUCCUGAAAUACUGCCAUUCCACUACGGUCAAGGUCAAAUUGAAGGCUGGCGCACGUUGGACAUUGCCAACCAUCGCAAAUGCCGCCAAACUUCUGCGCAAACCACCGAUUCUGGUGGAUUUUCAAAAUGAGCAUGAGAUGCGAUUGGCCUUUUCCUUGAUCUACGAUGUUUUUAGAUAUAAGGUUGUUAUGUCGAAUGCUUUGAAUGAUGUCAGCUUCUUUGAACAACACAAAGAGUACAAAAACGACGAACAAAGGAUUUGGUUAAUGCUCUUCGAACUCUACGAUCGUCAGUUUAAAGGACGUAACUCCGAGGAGAAGGAUCUCCAAGCGAGUCUUUACAAGGAGUCGGAAGUGACAGAUCACGCUGAUGUUCUCUGGCAACAUCGAAUUCGUCUGGCAGCUUCAAUUUCCCGGAUGAGAAUUCGGGUAGGAGCUCUUAAACUUUCCCAACUGCUGCCCAUUCACCUUCAGAAUGAGAAAGUGGCUAUCGCAGCUGCCAAUCCCGUUGUCACCGGUUGGAUUAAUCCCUUUUUAGUAAAAAACAAAGAAGAGGCAGAUAAGAUCCUUACCGAAAUGGGCUUUACUGUACACGGACCGGACGAUGAGGAACAACUUUUGGUGCAGCACUGUAAGUGGGACAACAUCUGUCCUCUGGUCAUAUCCUGUAUUCCCAGGGACCGCAGUGAGUUCACCAAAUCCGUGCUGAUGACUAAGCAUUACUUUAUCAUGCAAGACAAAAACUUUACUUUUGGUCCGGCUAUUAUGUCCAAGUUAAUGGAUUACUUCCAAUUGGACGGCGAUAUAUUGCAGACGCACAUAGGUUCCCCCCGAUCCACCGCGUAUUUGGCAGCGCUUUUUUACUCCGUCAACCGGGUGAACAACUUCUAUGUUUAUGGAGCCGGGGCCAAUCUGAAGGAGUACCGACGCUAUAUGGAACUAAUAGGGGUUAAUAAUAUCCGACUGUUUGGCGAUGCAUUUACCUCCUUUCCCAUGGAAUCGAAUCGUUUCAGGACGGUUGUGGGCAUUUUCGCAACGCCCCCAAACUCGUUUAGUGCCAUUUCGGAUCCCAUCGAUUUGAUUUGUUCGCGUGGCGGAGAUUUGAGUAUGCUGGAGGUGCUCACGGAAUCGGAGGUCAGCGAUGAAGGUCGUCAGCGGGUGGCCAUGAUCCUCGAGGAGCAGCUGCUGACCCUCACCAUGUCGAUGUCGCGACCCCAAGUCCAAUUUGUCCUCUAUCAAACGCACUCCAUUGUGGGCACUGAAAACGAGGAUAUGGUGCAGCAUGUCGUGGAGUUGAUUAACAAACUGGCCUUGGAGAAACAUCGCAAUGCCUACAAGGAGCAGAAGCGACUGGAGGCCAUUGCUGAAGCGGAGGCAGCCAAUAUUCCGGCGGCUGCAAUGAGCAAGGAUUCGCCCCGGAAGAAGGAUAAGCCCUCCACGCAACCGGAACCGCCUGCAUCAGGAACACCGUCGUCGACGGCGCCUCCAUUGCCCAGAGUGGAUAGCAUUGAUCUGAUUGUGACGCCCGAUAUCGAUGAAUUUGUGCAGGACACAGUCCCCGAUAUAUGCAUCAAUCAGGAUAAUUGCAUCAAGCAGCAGACUACGGGUAGCUACUUAUCCCUGGUACGUCGAAAAACCCUGACUCAUCUGAAUGAGAAGUAUCUGAUUCGUCGAGCCGAGCAGCGGGGACUCUUUGGCAAGCCCGAAAAGGAUUCCAAGGAUAAGUCCAGACCCAAGACCGUGAAGCUCCAGGAGCAGCAGUCGGAACCAGCUCCGCAGGACAUGGGCUAUGAUCCUCGGAACUCUGGCCAGCGAUCCAGUGCCCAGCAAAUUCUCCAGCGUCUGCAGCGAUCGACGAGCGCCAGCGCGAUCCGUUCGCACCUGACCAAGGUAUCAUCGACAUACCGCCGCCCCAUCGCCUUCAACUUUAUUCGGCGCGAGUGCAAGCGCUUCUACGUUUUGCCCGUCUACAUGCACAGCACCAAGCAGAGCAUUCGAUUAUGGUGGCAAUACGCGUACAAAUGCGUCACGCCCUCCGCCUCAGCCGAUGCGGUCUGGAAUCCGAAUCUGAAAUUUCGACUACACUGCAGUCGCCAGCUGCGCAUCCGCAAAUUGAGACGUGGUCCGUGGUCCAGGAGGCAGCCACUUCAAUUGCAUAUCAAUGACAUCAAGCUGUUGUGCCAGGUGCGCAGGCGAAGCAAAUGAAUGGCAUUGUCAAUAUAGCCCUAAGAGGUCUAGACUCUAGACGAAAUUCCACUUUAAAUUCCAGCUGGCAUUGUUUAUUUGAAUUCCACAGAAAAUUCUGGUCGAAAUUCAAACUUUUAAAUCUUCCCGCCUCUCGAAAGGCAUUGCCAUACGCUCGGACUUUAUCGAUAAGUUAGUGUUGAGUAAGGAAAACUUUGAAAUAAUAUAAAAUGCUCUUUUCAGUACUUGAUAAUUCAAAUAAUAUUACA